GAGAGUUUUCUGGAGUUUCUUCGGCAUGGCGUAGAAUUUUCCAAUUUCUCCUUUCUCAUCUCUUCCACCACCCGUCAGAUCCCUUCAGAUCCGUCCAGCCUCGUGAAGAAUGGACGACAACAUGGACGACGAGUACGUUGCGGAGCUCCUCACUCGUGAGGCACGCGAGAGCUCUCAGAGAUAUCAAACAACCGGUUCAUAUAUGUCGCGAAGACCUGCCGGCAAUGCUCCCAAACCAAACACCCGAUUUCUGCGACAUCUGAUUAAAGAAACAGAUAGUCAUAACACAGCUCUCAAGCGCAAGGAGGAGAGAGAUGCGAAGGAUCGCCUACGCCAUCUGAGGGCUCGCCCUAAAGAUGACCUGUCAUCAGACCAUUCUCGCCCCACCCGGAGAGACGACCAUCGAUCCAGUUCGCCGGGCCUGGCAAGAAGCCGUCGUGAGGAGGGCCGAGAUCGUCAACAACGAGACGAACGUGAGAGUCCUCAUCCUCAGCGGAGACACCGUCCUCGAGACUCGGCUACUGAGAGAGAUCGGUCACGGCGCCAUCGCCACCGAGACGACUCUCGAGACCGAUCCUCGAGAGAUCACCGAGACCGAGACCAGCGGGACCACCGAGACAAGCCGAGUCGUUCAGACCGCCAUGAGCCUACCAGGAAACGUCAUUCACGCCGUGAGACGUCUCGUUCACGCUCCCGUAGUCGAUCGCCCCGGCGGGCACGGAGCUCGGAACGCCAUCGCAGCCGCAAGCACCGCCGAUCAGAGUCCCCGUCAGACAAGCGGUCGUCCCAUUCACGGCGAAGCCGAACAGAACACCGGUCUGGGCAUUCCCCAUCUGAAAAGCCUCCCAUUCCUCGUGACUCCCAUUCCGACUCGACUCGGACUGCACCCAACCCUCGAGAACAAAGACAAGAGUCCGCGUCAGCCGCCGCCGCGGCUUACACAACUCUACGACGCGAUGACUUGGAUCAUGAUUCGGAUCCUCUGGAAGAUCUCGUUGGUCCGUUACCUCCGCAAAGUCAUGAUGAGGGCGCUGGCCCUAUUCGUUCACGUGGCCGGGGCGCAUACAAGCCCCGCGCCAGCAACAUCGAUGCCCAUUUUGCCCCGAAAUACGAUCCUACAGAGGAUCUUCCAUCGGAUGAUGACCAGGCUUCGUCUCUAAACAAGCCUUCCCGCCGACCCGUUGCGGGUCUAAUGACCGCCGAUGAUGAUUGGGACAUGGCUCUCGAGGCGUUGCGCGACCGACAGCGCUGGAAGGCAAAAGGGGAAGAAAGGCUACGUGCUGCGGGCAUGAACGAGGAAACGAUUGAUCGGUGGAAGCACAACGCUGCAUUCACGGGGGCAGACAGCACUGAGGGGAAUCCGGAGAAUGUGCGGUGGGCGAAGAAAGGUGAAGGACGAGAGUGGGAUCGUGGAAAGGUGAUUGAUGAAGAUGGGCAUGUUGAUGUCCGAGCUGCGUGGUGAUUUGUACAUUGUACGCAUAUGUUUUUACUGAGCGUUGCAUAGCUUUUGGCGUCUUCGUAUUUUGGCUCUACUUGAUUACCUUGAUACCAUGGGAUCACAUUUUCAUUUGGCGCAUGGGGGUACAUGGACCUUGGCGGGAUCGGGUUUUCAAAAGUGUACUCAUCCACACUUCUAGCCAUUGAAUUUAUUCUACUGAUUGACCAGCACAUCUUCCC